AUGCUCAGCAUUCGCCUAUUAACUGCUGCGGUGUCAUGCGUAGCACUCUCCUUGUCGGCUUCGUUCAGUCUUAUUGACGCCGAGGACCUCUGUUCGAUUACGCCGUAUUCGUACACGAAAGCCAAGUUGGAUCAUCCCAAGCUGACGAUUGCCAUUGAGACGCUCGAAAAAUAUGCUAUCGCCUCGUGGUUUACGGAUCGUCAGACAACACAAGAGCGAUCGGAAAUGAUGGCUGGUCUGCUACGUCAAUGCUCAAAAGACACGCGUCUGAGUAUUGUAGUAUAUGGUAUUCCCAACAAAGAUUGUGCUGCUGGUUUGUCUUCGGGAGGAAGUGUGACCAGCACGAGCACCUAUCAAGCGUUUUUGAAGGAGCUCACGGAUGCCGUUGGUGACCGCAAAGUACUGUAUGUAGUAGAGCCAGACGCAUUGGGUCUUCUAACUCAAGACGGAAGCUGUGGCGCAGGAGCCGGAUAUCUUGAAAACCUUAAGGUUGCUGUAGCAGCCUUGUCCGCCAACACCAACGCCCAACUGUACGUCGACACUGGCUACUGGACGCUGGCAAACGCUGAUAGUGCAAGUAAGGUGGCCACUUUCAUGAAGGAUAUCGGUGGCUCGGGUCGAGUUAAAGGUGUGACUAUUAACACGUCCAAUUAUCGGUCCACUGACGAGUGCGCUACUUACUGCACCAAUUUCCAGACGGCCAUGGGGUCCACGGAUAUGACCUGUAUCAUUGACACAUCCCGCAACUACAAAGGCGCGCCCACCUCGGACUGGUGCAAUGUCGCUACGGCCGGUAUCGGUAAGCCGCCUUCGUCAGAGACUGGUGUCUCAAACCUGGACUACUUUAUGUGGAUCAAACCGCCAGGCGAGAGCGACGGAGAGUGUGCAACCGGUGGUACUCCGGCAGGAUCCAUGUACUUGGAAGGUUUCAAGCUGCUAUGGGACCAAGGAUAUUUUGUGAGCGAGCAAGGUAUGCUAAAAGUUGACGAUAGCUCCAGUUUAUCACCUACAGCACUUGCACCUAGCUCGGGCGAUAGCAGCUCAAACCAAGAUAUCUCAGUCCAAACAACUUCAACGCCAACCAUAUUCUCAUAUUCUGGCAGCUCGAGCUGGAACCAAGAUAACAACGCGUCAAAUGUUGCUCCGGCUGAUCCAAUUUCGACAAAGGCCCCUGUCAGCACAACGUUGGUCACAAUAGCACCGGCCGCUACAAAUUCUUCUAUCAAGACCUCAAUUAACUCAAGUGAAAGCAUCACACAGCAGCCCAGCGCUAGCCAACCACGUGGCGGCUGCAAGGCCAAGCAGCAUCUACGCUCGCUGUAA